AUGGCAUGUAGCCACAGAUGUGGUUCAGGGAUGUCAUCGUCAGAAAGCUCAAUGGCACCUCAAACGACAAGUAUGGAUCCCAACAUCUUUCCCAGCAUCGAUACCUAUUCGGACGACAGUGCAGAUAACGCUUUGAAAGACGCUGCUGAUCCCAUUUGGGGUUUCCUUGUCCUGUGCGCACGCACAAUACCACGUUUCUUUUUCAUCAAACUAUUUUAA